GCUUUUCAACCGCCAUAGAAGAAGCAGCACCAGACUUUAAAGUUAGGAUUGGGGAUUGUGUAUCGAGAAGGAAAAAUUUAAAAUGGCACUCCUCAGGCAAGUGUUAUAAGUCCUUUGCUAUUUAUUAUUAUGAUUAAUGAUGUCUUUGUGUCUAUAGAUAGAAAUAUAAAUAAAUCAUUGUUUGCAGAUGACAGAGCUCUGUGGAUUAGAGGUAGAAACGUGGAUUUUAUCUUUAAUAAAAUGCAGUUGGCAUUGAACGAGGUUGAAAGGUUGUCAUAUAAAUGGGGUUUUAAAUUCUCAAUAGAGAAAAUUCUUAGGAAUGUGGUUUGAUAUUAAAGUUGCAUGGAGAACACAUUCAAGUAAAAUGGAGGAAAAAUGCAAGAGAAUUAUAAAUGUAAUGAGAUGUAUAUCAGGACGGGAAUGGGGGGCGGAUUGACUGGCAUUAAAACGAUCUAUACAACAAUGAUAAGAGCAAUAAUUGAUUAUGGAUGACAGGUAUAUGGGUCUGCGGCCAAGUCACAGCUGGAAAGGCUAGAAAGAGUACAGGCUCAAGCUCUGAGAAUAUGUUGUGGGGCUUACCCGUCCUCUCCAGUCCCAGUGUUACAGCUGGAGAUGAGGAGACGACAACUGAUUUUGACAUAUAGUGCAAAUUUAAAGGGUCAGAAGGAGGACCACCUGACAAAAAGUAUACUCGAGUCAUCUGGCAACAUGGGAAAAGGAAAUGUAAUAGUUUUGAGUGGGUCAUGAAUGAGUUGGUAGAAGAUAUGCAAUGAAAUGGGUAUAGUGUGAUCCCAGUGGUAAAAUUAGGAGUGAGUCCGAUCUGGAUAUUACCGCAACCAUAGAUCUGUUCUUUCCUGGAACAAAGAAAAGAGAAAUGUCAGAAAAAAAUCAAAAGCAGAAUUUAUAAAAGAGUAUAUAAGGAGUAAAUAUGAUCAGUAUGUACAGGUUUACACAGAUGCGUCCAAAGACCCGCAAAGUGGCCAAGUGGGGGUUGCAUAUGUCAUCCCAGGUAUGGAAGUGGAAAGAUGUGAAAGAAUAACUAAUCACGUGUCACUGUUUACAGGAGAAUUAACACCAAUCAUGAUAUUAAUCAAUAAAGUAAGCGAAAUGGGAAUAAAUAAAUCCCUAAAAUGUUCUGAUUCAAGUUCUGCGCUGAUAUGUUUGGAGGCACAAAAGUCAGAAAGAAGACAAGAUCUGGUGUUAGAAAUCCUAAAGGUUUUAUUAACGAUGCGAGAGACAAAUAAGAGGGUUCAGUUUUUGUGGGUUCCAGCACACACUGGAGUGUUAGGGAAUGAAGAAGCUGACAAAUUAGCAAAGCAAGCCAUGGUAAAAGAAAAUAUAGAUAUGGACAUUAAGCAUAGUAAAGAAUAAAUAAAAUCAAUCAUUAAAAGGGAGAUAAAUAAAAAAUGGCAAAAUUACUGGGACAAUGAAAGUAAAUGGAAAGUGCUUCAUUCAAUUCAACCAUUGGUAGGAAGGGGAAGGAGUUCAAGUGUGAAAAGGAAAGAGGAUUGUAUUAUAUCAAGAUUGAGAUUAGGGCAUACAGGUCUUAACUCAAUAAUGCAUUUAACAGGAAAACAUCCUAAUGGUAUGUGUGACAGGUGUGGAGUAAGAGAAAAAGUGCAACAUCUAAUUAUAGACUCUACUAAAUAUGUAGAAGAAAGAAAGACAUUAAUGGGAGAAAUGCUGAAGAAAGGAGAUCAACGGGUAACAUUAGAGGAUAUUCUGAAUCCGGUAGGAUGAUAUAGUAUAUUAUUAACAUUUCUGAAGACAACCAAGUUAAUACAUAAUAUAUAGUAGAUGGCGUUAAUGCUCUGAAAAAGAAUGCGAAGCGGCAAUAACCACGAAGAAGAAGAAGAAGGACUUCACGUCGCUCACAGGUGACGUCAACACGCGCGCCUCGGCUUACUUCUGAGGUGUGUAUCCCUCGGUGUGUGUGUGCUUCUCAGUCUCUGACUGAUGAAUGAAUGAACGCUGGAGUGUUUUCAUCUCCUGAAGAUCACACAAAGAUCAUGAAUGAAGCAGAAGCAGAGUCCUGCAGGAUCAAGGAGGAGGUCAAAGAAGAAAAGAUAGGCUAAUGAGUGCCACCUGUCUCCUGUUUAGCUCAUUAGCUGGAGUAUAAAGGAACCUCCAAGAGCUACAGUCCAGUGUGAGAGGCUGAGGCGUUCCAUCCUUGCAACUGCCAUCUUCUAGUUCCAGUGUUGGGAUUUUAAGCUCUUGUUUAAACUCUUGUCUACUUAAGUGUUUGUUGAUAGCUUCACCUAUAGUGUUAAAGUGAAGUUAUUGAGAGUUGCAGAGUGUCUGUCAUUUUUAGUGUAACUGCUUAAGUGGAAGUGGAAUAUUUUUCUUGUAGGGAGGUGGAUGUCAUUUAUUUUAGAAACUACCCUUUUUCUCCUGUGUUUGAGUUAGAGAGGAAGUCAGGGAAGUAUCUCUGUGCUUUUUCUUUCUCUUUUUGUUUGGUAGGUAAGUUAACACUGAAAACCUUAGUCAGAGGAAACUUUUUGUUUAUUGUUUUGGCCUUUCCCCUCCUGAAGCCUUAUAUAUUUUUCCAUUCUGUUAAAUAAAAUACCUCUGGUUGUUUGCUCAAACUGUUGUUACUGAGCUUUCUUGUGUGUCAGCCCUGGAACUUGGAGACGGCAGUUCUCUCAGUCUCUCUCCACCGUUUAUUUGUUACCCCCCCUUUUCACCCCUAGAUCUGUUUUUAAAGGGGUACGUAACAAGUGGGGGCUCGUCCGCCCGUUAUUUUAUUUUUAUGACUGCGUUGAUUCGGUGAGUACAAUUACUCUUUUCUCUUAAACAUCUAGUUCUCGCUGUCUUUGCUUUAGAGUGGGAGAGAGAGUCUCUGUGGACGUAGAAAUGGAGUUUGAUUUGUUGGCGUUUACUCUGUCUCCCUCCACAGAGAUCUUUCAGAAAUGUAGAAAAAAAGAUCUAAUUUUGAUUGCAGAAUUCUUUAACAUCGAGAUAGUAAAAGAAGAGAAAAAGCAAGUCAUUAAGGAUUAUUUGUUUAAGCAGCUCGUAUACAAUGGUAUUUUACCAGAAGCUGACGAACACCCUGCGGUUGUUACGAAUGCGGUGGCUGAAGGGUUUGCUUCUGGUGUAAAUCCUACUGAAAGUGCAAGCUUUGAUCCGGCCUUAUCGAUUCGUCUAAAGGAAUUAGACCUUGAAGUUAAAAAGCAGGAGAAUGAGAAUUUACGGUUAAAACUCAGAGUGGUAGAGGCAGAAACUGAUAGAGAGGUUAAAUUCCGUACUAUAGCAUUACGGUCAGCGGAGGUGAGCAGGAAACCUAUUCCAGCUCCGCGCUCGAGAUCUCCCUCUGUUUCUUCUCCUCCUACACCUGUAAUCGCACACACAAGGAGUGCUCAGGAAUUUGAUGUCAGCAAAUACAUCAAGCUUGUGCCUCCCUUCCGCGAGUCAGAGGUUGAUGCCUACUUUGUCGCUUUUGAACGCAUCGCAGGAAAACUUAAAUGGCCGAGUGAUAUGUGGGCAUUAUUGCUGCAGUGUAGCUUAACAGGUAAAGCUCAAGAGAUCUGCGCGUCGUUGCCAAUUGAGCAGUCUCUUGAUUAUAAUAUCCUUAAAACUGCUGUUCUCAGAGGCUAUGAACUAGUUCCUGAAGCAUAUCGCCAAAAGUUUAGAGUCCAUGCAAAGUCAGAGAGACAGACCCAUGUAGAAUUUGCGAGAGAGAAAAGAGUAAUGUUUGAAAAAUGGUGUCUCUCCAGUAAGGCCACUACUUUUGAGCAAUUGCAAGAAUUGAUCUUACUGGAGGACUUUAAAACUUGUCUUCCCGAAAGUGUUGUCGUUCAUUUAAAUGAACAAAAAGUAAAUUCGUUGUUGAAUGCUGCUGUAUUAGCAGAUGAGUUUGUUUUGACGCACCGCAAUGUGUUUCCGUCUACCCGAUUCUCAAACAUGCCGUUUACUAAUAAAAACACUCUGCGAGAUUUGCCACGUAUAUCCCCCAAUAUGGCAAAAAGUAACGGAAAUAGGGACAGGCCUGCUUCUUCAGGUGGAAGAGACAAACGUUCCUGUUUUUAUUGCCUUGAUGAAGGGCAUCUAAUUGCUGAGUGUCAGGCUUGGAAAAGGAAAAACACUGAGACUAAAUCCAAAAAGGUGGCAUUAGUGCAAACCAUCUCUGAAAUUAAGGAUGAAUCCAUUCAACCUUUUCUUCUUACUGGCUCUGUUUCCUUGUCUGACACUGCGCAUCAAUCUGUUGUGAUUUUGCGUGACACUGGCUCAGCACAGUCCUUUGUCUUAAAAGAAUUACUGCCCUUCUCGCAAAGCUCGUACACUGGCACGGAUGUGUUAAUUCGUGGUAUUGAAAUGGGGUGUGAUAGUGUUCCUCUCCAUAAAGUACACUUAAAAUCUGAUCUUGUGAGUGGAUUAGUUAAUCUUGGAGUGCGGGAGCGGUUGCCAUUUGAAGGGGUGGGUCUCCUACUAGGAAAUGACCUGGCAGGUGGUCAAGUGUUUCCCAGACCUAUCGUAGGGAACGAAGGCAAAGCUGAUGAUACUUCUAGUCUUUCCCAAGAGUUCCCCUCUACAUUUUCUGUGUGUGCAGUGACCAGAGCACAAUAAAAAAAAAUUGAAGACGUUGUAAAUCUUACUGACUCAUUCUUACAAGUGCCCGUUGAACCUCUAAAAUGUGAGUUAAUGAUAAAGCCUAAGUUUGGGGAAGGUGUUGAUGUAAUUAACCCACAUGAAGCUCUUGGUGUUGACCGAGCUCAGCUAAUUGCUGCACAGAAGGCAGAUCCAUCUAUUACUUCAUGUUUUGAUGCUGCCCUUGCCUGUAAGAAAGUGCCCGAAGCUAGAAUUGCCUACUACUGUGAUAACGGGGUGUUAAUGAGGAAGUGGAAGCCAGAGGAUAGUGAUUCUGAUUACCAUGAAGUUCAUCAAAUCGUCCUUCCUGCUGCUUAUCGUCCACAGGUGCUGAAGCUUGCCCACGAAAAUGUACUUGCAGGGCAUUUAGGUGUCAAUAAAACCUUUCACCGUAUAACCAAGUACUUCUUUUGGCCAAAGUGCAAGUCCUCAAUAGCGGAGUUUUGCAGAACUUGUGAGAUAUGUCAGAGGUCUGGCAAACCAAAUCAGAAGGUCCCCGUUGCUCCUCUGCACCCAGUGCCAGUGAUGGCUGAACUGUUUGAACGGUUGAUACUAGAUUGUGUUGGUCCACUGCCAAAAACCAAAAGUGGUUACCAAUAUGUGUUAACCAUCAUGUGCACCGCAACCAGGUUCCCUGAAGCAGUUCCCUUGCGCACAAUUAAAUCCCCUGCUGUGAUUAAGGCUCUUGUGAAGUUUUGUACUAUAUUUGGGUUACCCAAAGAGAUCCAAACAGAUCAAGGAUCAAACUUUACCUCAAAGAAAUUCAAGCAGAUGUUAGUUGAAAUGGGAGUGUCGCACCGCAUGUCAACUGCAUAUCAUCCUGAGUCACAGGGGGCCCUGGAGCGAUAUCAUCAGACCUUAAAAGCCAUGAUUCGAGCAUAUUGUGUUGAAACUGGAAGAGAGUGGGAUGAGGGGCUUCCUUUCCUUCUGUUUGCCACUCGUGAGUCUGUACAAGAGUCAACUGGGUUUAGUCCUGCCGACCUUGUGUUUGGCCAUACGGUUCGUGGCCCGAUGAAAAUGCUGAGUGAACAGCUGCUUUCUGAGAAUCAUUCGCCUGUGUCCGUGUCAGAAUAUGUCAGUUCUUUCAAAGAGCGCCUGCAUUGUGCCUGGGGCAUUGCAAAAAGGCAUUUAAGUGUUACCCAAGUAAAAAUGAAGUCCCGCUAUGACAAGAAAAGUGUUAACCGUAAGUUCAAACCUGGUGAUCUUGUCCUGGUCCUUUUACCCAUUCCAGAUUCUGUGUUUGCAGCAAAGUUUUCAGGCCCAUAUACUAUUGAACGAAAAUUGAGUGACACUGAUUAUGUGAUUGCCACCCCAGACCGGAAAAGACGUAAACGCGUCUGUCACAUAAAUAUGUUGAAAAGAUAUCUGAAACGUGAUGAGGGAACCUACGACGCUACUCCAAGUGUUACCCCUGUAGCUGCGGUCUCAACUGCCAGUUAUUGUCUUGCCGAAGAUGGCUUGGUAGAUAAAGUUCCUGUCAGCUCAUGUGGAAAACUUAAAAAUUCAGUGAUUCUGAAAAAUUUGCCUAAUACUCUUCCCUAUCUUACAGUCUACCAACGUAAAGAACUUCUUCAGCUAAUAUCCAGAUACCCUUCACUGUUUGCUGAUGUACCAGGCAGAACUUCAGUGCUGACCCAUGAUAUUGAUGUGGGUGAUUCCUUGCCAGUAAAACAGCAUGCCUACAGAGUGAACCCAAAUAAACGUGCAAUAAUGAAGGAGGAGGUGGAGUACAUGAUACGUCAUGAUAUUGCCAUGCCCAGUCAGAGCCCCUGGAGUUCCCCCUGUUUACUGGUACCAAAGCCAGACUCAUCUUUUCGAUUCUGCACAGACUAUCGCAAGGUGAACAAAAUCACCAAGGCGGACUCAUUCCCGUUGCCUCGAAUGGAGGAUUGUGUAGACCGGGUGGGCUCCGCUAACUUUGUAUCAAAAUUAGACCUCCUUAAGGGCUACUGGCAAGUCCCCCUAACUCCCCGUGCUUCUGAAAUUUCCGCAUUUGUGACACCAGAUCAUUUCAUGCAGUACAAUGUUUUGGCGUUUGGGAUGCGAAAUGCCCCCGCUACCUUUCAACGCCUGAUGCAGAGGGUCCUGGCAGGUGUCACGCAUUGUGAGGUCUAUAUCGACGAUGUUGUUGUUUAUUCAAGCACAUGGGAAGAGCAUGUUAAAACACUUGAAAGUGUAUUCAAUAAGUUGGCAAUAGCGUCACUAACUUUAAAUGCUGCCAAGUGUGAAUUUGGAAAAGCAGUGGUCACUUAUCUGGGAAAACAAGUGGGUCAGGGAUGUGUGAGACCUGUGGUUGCCAAAGUGGAGGCUAUCUUACAGUUCCCUACCCCCAGCAAUAAGCGUGAGUUGCGUCGAUUUCUCGGAAUGGCUGGGUACUAUCGAGGGUUUUGCAGAAACUUCUCUGCAGUAGUUUCUCCACUCACUGAUCUCUUGAGUAGUAGCCGAAAGUUCAUCUGGGAUUGUGAAUGUUCGCUAGCUUUUAGUGCAGUGAAAGACCUGUUGUGUAACGCACCUGUACUUCUAGCCCCCAACUUUGAAAAGUCAUUCAAAUUGCAAGUGGAUGCCAGUGCCACAGGGGCAGGUGCAGUGUUAUUACAGGAAGAUGAACAUGGUAUUGAUCAUCCGGUGUCCUAUUUCUCAAAGAAGUUUGGGUCCUAUCAGAAGCAAUAUAGCACCAUCGAGAAAGAAGCUCUUGCUCUUUUACUGGCACUUCAGCACUUUGAUGUUUACAUAGGAGGUAGUUCAAUCCCUCUUCUUGUGUACACCGAUCACAACCCCUUAACUUUCCUAGCCCAGAUGUCUAACUCGAAUCAACGCUUGAUGCGGUGGGCGUUAUUUGUUCAGGAGUAUAAUCUCGACAUUCGUCAUAUGAAGGGCUCUGAAAAUGUGAUUGCCGAUGCGCUGUCCAGGACCGGUGGGACUGAAAUUUAAGUGAUGCACUUUUUUUUUUUUCUUUUUCUCCAAGUCGGGGGAUAAAA